CCCCAAACCCCUUCAAUGGAAACCAAACAGCCCUAAACGCACGCUCCUCUCCUCUUUCCCUUCAACCAUCGCCGCCACCCCGUCACUUCCGUCAUGUCGCCUCACCGCCACCACGACCAUCGGACUGCAAAACCAAACAACCCUCUCUCUCUUAAAUCGAAAAAUACUGAAAUCCAUUGGUUUGAAGGUUUGACCGCCUCCACUGCUACCACGUCUCUUUUCCCUUUAAUUGACGUGGUGGCAGAGCCGAAAGGAGCCAGUAAAGGAUCAUAUCAACCUCUGUGGAAGAGGAGUGCAAUGAACCGUCGGUUUCAAGGUCGACUCUUAUUCGACCCGGUGGGUAAAGGCUCGUCAACUAUCAUACCCGCAAAUCCACUAGAUUCGGAGUCCCAACGAAUCCACAGCCAUCAAAGCUUAUCUGAAAAGUUCUCGGCUAAAAUAACAAGCUUUUCGAGCAAAUUCAGAGACUCGACAACUAUAAUAGCUUCAGUUCGCUGUCACAAAGAAGGGAGUUUGUUGGAGUUGUGGCUCAACUCUAAUUCUGCCCAGGUCAUAGGAGCAGUCAGCAGCAGAUUUAUUUGCUCGUGUCUAGCUGUCGCCUACUUUCGCGUCAAAAGAAUCCACGUCCCUCUUCCUCUCUUAAAAUUUUAUAUCUUUUGUAUUACUAUAUGUUAUUCGCACCCUUUGACUAACAUCUUUUAUGGGUUUGUAUUUGUAGUAUUUUGUUUCUUGCUUGUUUGUGAACUCGUGAAUGGCCGAGCCUUGUCAUUGGCCACUUUUCCUUAGAUAUAAAUCUGGUUUUAAGGAUA